AGCCCACCGCGCAGCCAGCCAGCCAGCCAGCGGCGCCCGGAGCCGGAGCCGCCCCAGGAGGCCAGGCCGGGCGAGGCGAGGCGAGCCCCGCCGGCCGGCCGGCCUCCCGUCCCCGAAGUAGGCUUGCCCGCCCCCUCGCCAAGCCUCUUCGCCGGCCCCAGGACACUGAAGCUCUGCUUGAUGGUGUGCAAUAUGGACCGGUUUGCCGACUCUGGAACACAGACAGAGGCUGUUGUGGUUUUGUCUCUGGCCCAAGCUGCAGUCCUUGGCUUGGUGACUGAGAACGAGGUGUUCGGUGCUACGGUCAGUCCCGGAGGCUUUUUUCCAGGCUUUGCUAGCGAGCUGGAUGACGCUGCAACGGUUGAGCCAGAGCAACUGGGCAAGGACUGUGCCCAGGAGAGCGAGGGCCGCGGGCCGGCAGACCUGCCUGAGGAGGAGGGCCUGGAGGCAGAGACGCUCUUUGGGAAACAUGCCCGGAGGAGGAAGCGCCCCCCCGUGAGGCUGGUGCCCAAAGUGAAGCACGAGAAAAGGGAGGGGGAGCAGAGCGAGGUGGGGGCCGAGUCGGCCGUCCCAAGUGAAGACAAAGAGCAGCCAGAUAGCCCUGCUGUGGGUGUGGAAGAGCCCAGCCAUGAGCAAGCUGUCCAGAGCAGCACCACCAAAAUGAUUGAUCUCAGCACGUUCAGCCGGAAGCCACGGCGCCUCCGGCCCCUACGAAGGCCCCCACGCCAUGAACUGUCCCCUGCAGAGCUCCAGGAGAGCCCCCCCAGUCCGCCUCUGGCCAGUGCACCAGAGAGUGUAGAGGCCCUGCCCAGUGACUAUGGCUUCCAGGGCAAUAUGCCUGCCUUGAGCCAUGCAGAGGAGCACACGCUGGACUCGCUCCCAGAGCAUGACAAGAGUAAGCCAGGCUUUGCGUGGCAGGAGCCCCUGGACUUCGAGGCAGAGUCCCACGGCGAACACAGCAAGAAGGCCCAGCUGGACCGCUUGGACAUCAACGUGCAGAUUGACGACUCGUACCUGGUGGAGAAGCGGUGGCAGUGCCGCCUGUGCGAGAAGUCGUAUACCUCCAAGUACAACCUGGUGACGCACAUCCUGGGCCACAAUGGCAUCAAACCCCACUCCUGCCCGCACUGCAGCAAGCUCUUCAAGCAGCCUAGCCACCUGCAGACCCACCUGCUCACCCACCAGGGCACCCGGCCCCACAAGUGCCAGGUGUGCCACAAGGCCUUCACCCAGACCAGCCACCUCAAGCGCCACAUGCUCCUGCACUCCGACAUCAAGCCCUACAGCUGCCGCUUCUGUGGCCGAGGCUUUGCCUACCCCAGUGAGCUAAAGGCCCACGAAGGCAAGCAUGAAAGUGGGCGCUGCCAUGUCUGCGUGGAGUGCGGCCUGGAUUUCUCCACUCUCCCCCAGCUGAAGCGCCACCUGGCUACACAUCAGGGGCCCACCCUCUACCCCUGCCCAGAGUGCAACAAAGCCUUCCACUAUCGCAGCCAGCUGCAGAACCACAUGCUCAAGCACCAGAACGUGCGCCCCUUUGUCUGCACUGAAUGUGGCAUGGAGUUUAGCCAGAUCCACCAUCUCAAGCAGCACUCGCUGACCCAUAAGGGCGUGAAAGAAUUCAAGUGUGAAGUGUGUGGCCGGGAGUUCACGUUGCAGGCAAACAUGAAGCGGCACAUGCUGAUCCAUACCAGCGUGCGCCCCUACCAGUGCCACAUCUGCUUCAAGACUUUUGUGCAAAAGCAGACACUCAAGACCCACAUGAUUGUGCAUUCGCCAGUCAAGCCGUUCAAGUGCAAGGUGUGUGGGAAAUCUUUCAACCGCAUGUACAACCUGCUGGGCCACAUGCACCUCCACGCGGGCAGCAAGCCCUUCAAGUGCCCUUAUUGCUCCAGCAAGUUCAACCUGAAGGGGAACCUCAGCCGCCACAUGAAGGUCAAGCACGGUGUGAUGGACAUUGGCCUGGACAGCCAAGAUCCCAUGCUGGAGUUGACCACUGGAGACCACACGGACCUGGAUGGGCAGCAGGAGAUGGAUGACUACGAGGAGGAGGAGAAUCCCUAUGAGUACGGGGUGGGGGGGAACCCCACGAGUGAGUCAGCCUUGGCAGAGCAAGCCAUGAAGGAAAUGGCCUAUUACAGCAUGCUGUAGUGGGCUGGAGGGCGGGUGCUGGGCUUGGCGAGGAAGAGCCACCAGUGCCCCCGUCUGGGUUUUGCUGGGCAGGAACCGCUUCUGAGCGGUGGAGGGGGGCACUUUGCCCCCAUAGCUCCAGCUCCUCUGCAUUGGCCGUGGACCCCUCUGAGAGUCCCUUUAGCGAGAGACUCUUCUCCUCCCACUGGAAUGGGCCUUUUGUCUUACUACCUCCCAGAGCCUCCCGCAACAGCAAAGCCCCUCUCUGCAUCAGUACCAGGAGGAGCAGCUGGUCCCAGGGAGGGUUCGAGGCAGACCAAGGCCGGCAACAAAAGGCUCCAGGGGUGCCCCUCUCCCACCCCAAGCUGCCAGGUCGUGCAGCUCUCCCUUAUGAACUACCUCUGCCCCACACCAAAAAAGAAGUGGUCCUAGGGCAGUGGGCUUGCCCAAAGGCCUGUGGAGCAAGAGAGCACCCCUGCCCUGUCCCUUUGAUGGCAAAACUGCUGUACCGAAGAGGAUGUCGCUCAGUGAAAUUAUAGCAUCAUCUCCACGAAAUGGACCAUUGCCCCACAUGUGCAUAGAUCUACUGUGUUUAUUUUCCUGUUCUGAAGAAGUUCGGCAAUAAAGGAAUAGUCU